AUGUCGAUGAGCCCUAAGCAUACGACUCCUUUUUCUGUUUCCGAUAUCUUGAGUCCCCUUGAGGAGAGCUAUAAGAAAUUAAGUAUGGAGAAUAACAACUUGGGGGCUCCUCUCACUUCUUACCGGCAGCCGCAGGUCUCUCAGGCGGCGAUGCAGCAGCACCACAUGGGCCACAAUGGGACUGUGUCCGCGGCGUACCACAUGACCGCGGCAGGUGUUUCUCAGCUGUCGCACACGGCCAUGGGCGGCUACUGUAACGGCAACCUGGGCAACAUGGGCGACCUGCCCUCCUACCAGGACGGCAUGCGGGGCAGCGCCACGGCCACCGGCUGGUACGGAGCCAACCCGGACCCGCGCUUCUCCACCAUUUCUCGCUUCAUGGGCUCGUCCUCGGGCAUGAACAUGGGCAGCAUGGGCAGCCUCAGCUCCCUGGCAGACGUGGGCAAAGGCAUGGGCUCUCUGUCCAGCACCCCACGCAGGAAGAGGCGAGUGCUGUUCUCGCAGGCGCAGGUGUACGAGCUGGAGCGACGAUUCAAGCAGCAGAAAUACCUGUCGGCGCCGGAGAGGGAGCACCUGGCCAGCAUGAUCCACCUCACCCCGACCCAGGUAAAAAUCUGGUUCCAGAAUCACCGGUACAAGAUGAAGAGACAGGCCAAGGACAAGGCGUCGCAGCAGCAGCUGCAGCAGCAGGACAGCGGCUCCUGUCAGCAGCAGCAGCAACAGCAGCAGUCGCCGCGGAGAGUGGCCGUGCCGGUGCUGGUCAAAGACGGCAAGCCGUGCCAAGGCACCGGCCACACUCCCACAUCCUCCGCGCAGACGCACCACCAGCAGGGAGGCAACGUCAUGAUCAUGUCCAACAACACGUCCGGCCUCGGGCAGCACCAGAGCCAGCAGGUGGGAAGCACGGCGCACUCUCCAGAUCUGGCACCGCACUCCUCCAGUCCGCCGUCCCUGCAGGGCCAAGUGUCCGGCCUCUCCCACCUCAACUCCCCGGGCUCAGAGUACGGCUCUGCCCUGCAGUGCUCGGCCCUGUUGUACGGCAGGACAUGGUGACAACAGGCGCGGGUUUCGAUGUGAACCUGAACCUGAACCUGAACCAGGACUCGCUAUAGUUUUCACUGUAAAUGCGCGCGUUUGAAAAACAGAGAAGCGCGUGAAGUCGCUGCUGCUGCUGCCGAUGAUGCUGCUGCUGUUGCGCUUCUUCACUUUUCACCUGCUGUUUUUCUUUGGAGAAGAAAAAACAACAACAACAACAACAACAACAAAAAAAACAACAACAAACAAACAAACGCCAGACUCAAAUGGAAGAAAACUCUUUGCCACAGAAACUGCGGAUGUGAACGUCUUGGGGAUUUAUUUAUGUAAAUUAUAUUGACGCGUGAGGAGAAGAAUCAGCAGUCAGAUAUAGAAGUGCACCUGCAACAGGGAGCCACAUUAUAGAGACGACAGGACUGCUGUGUGUGUGUGUGCGUGUGCGCGCGUGUGUGGAUGCUGUUCCAAUCCCUUUCACAAACAAACAAACAAAAACACAAGAUGACUCUGAUUUAUGAUAGAAUUUAAUGUAAACCGUAGAUCUAGCGUGUACAUUUCUGUAAAAGGUUUGAAUUUUAGCUCUCUGUUGUACAAAGUUUUUUGACACUAUUUGCCGGUCUGUUGUCGUUUCAUUGGUCUUUGUAUGCGUUUUAUUUCUUUGUAACUUAUAUAGAUACUUGACUUACUACAGAUUCAGUCCUAUUAAUAAAUUAUGGAAACUUAA